CAAUCAUGUCAAUGUUGAAAGAUAAGAUUAUGUUUACAUAUACAUGUACAUUAUUUUGUAUUUCAGUCAAGAUAUAAAGUCAUUUAGCAGUGUGUGUUAGAAAUAUAAAUAUGAUUCGAGAGAUUUUGAUAUGUUUUAUGGGUGUGAAUUUUGUCUUGUCCAUGUCAACAACUAAGGCUCCAAACCUCAGUACAGCCAUACACCAAACACGUGAACCGGCGGAACAUGAAACCUUCCUUUUUAAAUACGAACCACAUUUUCAUAACAUGAUAGUGGUGACGUUCAUAGACAGCGUGCGCACGUGUUACAUCUUUGACUUGUCAGACGAUGAGAGAGCAGCUAUACAUACAGAUGCUGGUAUCAGGGCUGUUGAGUUGAGAUUGUUGAGUACAUUGAAAUUUGUAUCUGUUACCGAGGUAACCAAGGACCAGUUACACAGACCUACAUCUCGCGUGUGUGGUACAGUCCAGCAUUAUUUCAAACAAAAUUAGAAUCCGUAAAUUUGGCGAAAUAUUAAAUGAAAUAAAACAAAG